AUGUCUGCUCAUGCCUACUUUAUGAUAAUUACGAGCAUUGAACGACGCAUUCCUGCACGGCGCGAAAAGAUUCCGGAAGGUACUUUAUGUGUUGUUUGUUCUGAUUUGGCAAGCGGUAUUCAUUAUUCAGUAGCAAGUUGUAACGGAUGUAAAACUUUUUUCAGGCGAGCGCUCGUUAAUAAGCAAGCAUUUCACUGUCAAUUUUCCGAUGAUUGUAUCGUCGAUAAAUCUGUUCGAUGCGGUUGUCGCAGUUGUCGUCUUAAGAAAUGCUUUCAAAUGGGUAUGGAUCCUAAAGAAGCUAAUGAGCAAAAUUUAGCUAUUCAACAUGACCGCGACAAAAUUCGUUACACGAAGAGGAAUAAGAAAAUUAAAGACGAACAAACGAUGGAAAUCGUCGAUUUCAUUAAUAACAAAUCGUUCGUGAAAGAAGAGAUUGAAUACAGUCCAAUAAGCAACAACACUACUGAUGAAAUCAAUGCGAUGUGUAGUCCAUCGUCAAGUUCAGUUGGUCAGGCGCCUGGAAGCAAUGGUUUAUUAAAUGAACAUGAUGUUCAAGAAAUUCAAGUAGAAAUGUCAAAUGCGCUGAAUGUACUGCUUAAUUUGGAGCGUAAGAUAAAUAUAGUUCGUGAGGUUAACAAAUUUGCAGUUCAUACAUCAGUGGCUUCUUGCAUGUAUGAUCGUCGGCUAUUAGAGGAUGAAAUUUGGAUGGCAACACAUUCGGUCCCUUCUCCUUUGUCGCCUUUGAUUAAUCCAGUUCCGUGCGACAGAGAAAAUAUGCGUGAAUGGUUCAUAAAAGAUCUCACACUUAUGAUUGAAUGGGCCAAGUGUCUUCCACAGAUGGGUCAAUUAUUGCUUAAUGACAAGCUGGCAUUAAUUAAAGCUUUUGCGCCGAUCUUUCCUCUAAUACAGCUGGUUUAUUUCUCUUAUACAUGUGAAAUGCAAAAUAUGUCAAGAAAUUCAGUUAACACAAUCGAUUCAUCGACACUUCAAACAUUGCAAAGAUCGCCAUUAUAUUCAAAUGAAGUCGACCAAGUACCUUCAAUAGAGAAAAAAUUUUCAACUGAUCGUUUAUGGUACCCAGAUGGACGAUAUCUUGAAAGAGAAGACAGAUCGGAACUGCCAACCAGUAGUCAAAAGCAAGUUUUUAUAAAUGCUCUUCUCAUUGAUGGUGUUUAUCGUUUAAUCCAACGUCAAAAGCUUUCAGAAAAUCAUUUAGUGUUGUACAAAUUGACGCUUUUCUUCAAUCCUCAUGCGGAUGGACUAAGUUCUCCUGGUAAAGCGAUGGUCACUGGUGAAAGGCUAAAAUCUCUUAAUUAUUUGUUCGCACAAUUCAGUCAAGAUUUUCCUGGCAAAGGUGCAGCUAAUCUUUAUGCUGAUUUAUUGUUGAUGACUGCCACUUUAACAGUUAGUUUUAUUUCUUUUAUUUUUGUUUAA